UGAAGGGUACAGUCUUGUUUCGCGAGUUCGACUAGUGUUCUUCAGUUUUAAACAUAAUCAUGUUUUCGUGUAGUGUAUGCGAUAAAACCUUUACAUUGAUCAAAAAUCUACAUAGACAUGCCAAGUCACACGAAUCACACACUAAAAUCGUAUGCAGUAUUUGCUCAGAAAUAUUCACGCGAACAGAUAACCUCAUCAGACAUAAAAAAGAAAAACAUCGUUCAAAUAUUAUAAUCCAACAACAACCAACCAUAACCAAGCGAGAAAUUCAAGAUUUUUCUAAACCACCUGAAAACAUUUACGAUUAUAAUGUUCAAUCUCGCAAUGGUCAUAAGCGCCCAUAUCAUACUGAAAAUUCAAACGAAGCAGCAAAUGCUAAAAAGACACGCAUGAGCAUUGUCAAGACACGAGGAUUCAUUAAGACAGGCACAUCGUUAUCGAAUAAAAUCAAUUGGUAUUACGUGAAAAAUACAGAUAAUUUGACCAACUACAGAACAUUUUUAGAAUCAAUAAAAAAAGACUUAAUAGAACUACUCAAAACACUAUCAACAAAACAACCAAUCAAAUAUAAUCUUAAAUUAGAAGCAACAUAUGAACGCCCGAACGUAGAAAAUUCAACAGAGAAUAGAGCAUUUAAGACCUCAGCUAAGGAAUUGUUUAUGGAUACAGAUAUCGAAGCUAAAAUUAAUCAAGAUUUUGUUAAUCUUUUACUUGAAGAAGAAAUUUAUACCUCUAAAGGAAGCGGAUUUACUUUACAAUCAAUAUAUGGUUUAUUGUUAGGCGUAUAUAAUUAUACACCUAUGGGUGGUUCGUCUUAUAUCACACUUCCGGAAGACAUCAAAAAUAAAAAAGCAAUUAUCAAUCCCCAAAACUCAGACCAACAGUGCUUCAAGUGGGCAAUCCUUGCAAGACACGUUUCGGGAAAUAACAAAAAUCAAGUGGCUGAAAAUUAG